ACAGAUCCAUCCUCUCAGUUUAUGCAAUGUAGUUGGAGAUGACCAGUUGUAUGAAUACGGUUGGGUUGGGGUGGUGGAGUUGGGGCCUUCCUAUCUUGAACCCAGGCCAUGUUUGUCAGUUUAUGGGAAGGCUAAAAGAGCUUUGGAAAAAGGAGCGACUGCCGUUAUAUUUGAUAUUACUAACCAACCUGAUGCAGUUUCACAGUUGAGCUCGGAAUAUUACGAACGACUUGACCGACCAAUAGUUUUAGUGCAAGGACAAUCAGCGUUUCAUUUGAUCAAUUUAAUCCGAGAUCAACAAGUGGCACGAGCUCGUAUACAAAGUGGUGUGCCAACUAAAUCUGAGGAUCAAUACAACCAAUACUUCAACAUGGCUGUCUUCAUGGGUUGUUUUGUCGUCGUGUUCGUUAUCUGUAUCGUGUUGCUUAUAAAGUUGAAAUGCUGGAGACGGGAAAGAUCGGUAUCAAUGGCAAACAUUGCUUCCGAGACUUUACGACGAAUGAAAACUCGUAAGUUUCGCGUAGACCCUCGUAAACAAUGGACAGAUGAUUGCAGUAAUACAAGUGAACAACUUUGCGCCAUUUGUUUGGAGGUUUUCAAUGAGAAUGAGGAGUUACGCGUGAUCCCAUGCUCCCAUGAAUUCCAUAAACAUUGUGUUGACCCUUGGUUGAAAGAAAAACUUACGUGCCCACUUUGUAAUUUUAAUAUAUUAGGUGACCCGCCAAAUCUUCAACGACGUUCCCGCCAAAUUUCUUCACCUUCUGUGACGUCACGAUCGACCAUUCACGUCACGCCGCGACGUCAGAUAUUCAACGAUUAUAACGGAUACGAGGAAGGUCGGUACGAAAACAACUGCCCGCCGUACGAAAGUUGUUACACUGGUAGCCGACAUACUAACGCCUAUUAUGGCGGGCAUUUUACUGAGUUGUUCUGCGACGCACCCAACGGAGCACAAAUUCUUCAAAAUAAUAAAUUCGAUGUGGUACCUUGUGUUGGCACUGUCGUACCUCAUAAUCAUUACUUCAGAAGGCGGCAGCCGACGCCCCAUUUCUACGAUCGAAGCGCAAUUCCCAACGGUGCUUCUGCUUAUCAGCCUCAAAGAGAAAAUGUUGGUAUUUCCGAGUUUUUGCCAAAACCGACGAACCGUGAAGAACUUUCAAGCGGUUCCUUCGCCACGCCGAAACAACUCACUAACUUUGAUUUGCCGCCAGCUUACGAGAGUUUAGAAACCUCUCGGAAUUUACCCGAAUAUUGCGCAACACAGACGUGUGUGACGCCGCCCUACAGAAGCAUACGAGGAUGUACAUUAUACAGACGAAGUUCUGGAACCAAUACAAACUAUAGGAACGCACAUAACACUUAUAUGCCCGAACUUGACCUUGAUUCCCGACCUGUAUCCUUACGUAGCGGUUACUUACCAGACAGCGAUGGCGUUUCCGACAAGGUUGAUACGACCCCUUAUUUAUUUGGACCAUUCAGCGUCACUACGACGACACAAUGCGUGUGUGUCGUCACAGAUACCACGUGUUGCGUCACAGACACAAGUGUUCGAUCAGUAUUCGGGUCUUCUUUAAUCUCGGACGCACCAGCGCCACCAUGCGACAGCAUUUUAAAGAUCCCUCAUCGCAGCUCGACGCCGUGCAUCGGGUAUAGUUCAUCCGACGCUGAGGUUGGGGCAAGGAUUAGUGUUUCGUCGUUAGAGGGCGUGCUGGAGUCGGUGUCUGUUCCAACUGUUUAUGAUGACGCAGUAAAUUAUGACGAAAUCUGGUUCGAUGACGUCAUGGUUAAUGACGUCACAUCUUCUACCUCCCCACGAUUGACCAAGCACAACAGAGCUGGUCACGUGACUACUUCAACCAAUCACGCUGCGGAUAAAGUGACUCGUUGCGCCGUCUAGCGGCAGCGUAUUUUCCUAUUUAUGUUCUCAGUAUUUCCUCUCUCAGUCGUUUUUCAUAUUUUUUAACUCCUUGAUGUCGUUUUGCAUUUGUCACUUUGUUAUUGAUACAGAAUACACAACUACAAUAUA